GGCUCAGUGAGACUUCCACUCUCGGUUUUCUGCCAUCUCUACCACAGCGGCAGCAGCAGCAGCAGCCAUGAACACGCUCACCAUCGCCGUGCUGGCAGCCUGUGCCCUGACCGUCAGCUGCCAGUUGGUUGCCGCCCCCGUGGAGCUGCCGCAGCCGUACUCAUUUGGUUACGUCUCCAACGACAUCGAGGGCAGCCAUGGACACGAGGAAACCGGUGACGGCAGCGGUCGUGUGUCCGGCCGUUACUCCCUGAGCUUGGCUGACGGCCGCACCAGGACCGUCACCUACGUCGCCGACGAGUUCGGCUACAGGGCCGACGUCGUCACCAACGAGCCCGGUACCGAGUCCAGGCCAUCGGCUGACACCACCUUCACGUCGAGCGCUCUUCCCGGACCCGACGCCGCCCAAGCCGCCGACGCUGCGCUCGUCGGCGCUCCCUUCAGGGCAUCAUCGUAAAUGAGGGAAUCUUCUUGAAGCCACACUGUUCCUGUGAACUCUCACGACUUCUUUACUUUCCGUCGACUGCCACCUUCACUAUACUGGGACAAUGCAAUCGCCUACCUACAGUUGCACGCACUGCCGUAACCUCGAGCACCCUCAUUCUGUACACGAGGGCCUGCGUUUCUUUAUUUUCUCGUCUGACCUUAGGCCGUUUUUUUUUUCUGUCGUUUUACGAUGUUCCUGCACUACUACUUUCUUUUUAUACUUCGCAAGCGCCUCCUUUAUUUGUGUUGUGUGGUGAUAGAGCACCCGGUGUUUAGUGUGUUUCUUAACCAGUAUCGUUUAUCACUCUGUGUGCUCUGUAUAGGAGUACGCUCCCUAUCCACGUUACUGAACUUUUUCUCUAGAGAUUCUUGUUGCAUUCGCAGCUGUGUAAUCAUAUGUGGAACUCGUGUGUUAUUACUCUUUCCCCUCUUCUUUAUAGUUAUAUUUGGUUUUUUCGUUUACGUGGCUUCUUUUGUGUGCUUCCUCGUUUGUAUUUUUGUGUGUUAAUUAUGGUAGUAUUUAUUUGCCCUUCGUAGUCGCAUAUUUAAUGAUUCGCUUGUCAAUCUCGCGCGCCUUCGGGUUUUGUUUAUUCUUUUGUUCCUGUUUUUGUUAGAAGAUUUGUUUGUGUGUGACUUGCGUUUUUUGCCCACCUCUCCUUGUGCAAUAAAGUGUGGCCUAGAAGAUUAAA